ACCUUGGCACCACUGGCACCUUUGGGUGCAGCAGGCGACCUCGGAUGCACCACCUGACACGCAGGAGGGUAGGGGGCGUGCCAAGCCUUGUGUGUGUGUGUGCGUGUGCGCGCUCGGAUCUGUCACCUUCACUGAUACCUGUCCUACUCGCACCCAUCGGCGAUGACAAUCGGUGCAGUUUAAGCCAUGAGUCAGUUUCGGGCGUUAGCGGGUGUGCUGAGGAGUGGGCGUGCCGGGGGGAGUCAGUGGCUGCGAGGUUGUGGAGGAGGCCCGGCCAGGCGCUGGGUUGAUCCCAGGAGAGGCUGCUCCUCCGGGACUGCGCCUGCUCCCUCAGCGGUGGUCAGUAGCUCCAGCUAUGUGGAGGAGAUGUAUUUUGCCUGGCUGGAGGAUCCUAAAAACGUCCACGAGACUUGGGACGCAUUCUUCCGUAACAUCCAGGCCUCCAGUCCGUCUGGCGAGGCGGGUGAGAGACGCCCCUCCGCUCUGCUCCAGGGCCGAGUGCUGUCCCACUCACCAGACAUGGCGCAGAAAGUGGUGGAGGACCACCUGGCUGUGCACACUCUCAUUAGAGCCUACCAGAUUCGUGGUCACCAUGUUGCCCAGUUAGAUCCUCUGGGAAUCCUGGAGGCUGACCUGGACUCCUUCGUUCCCUCUGACCUGAUCACCAGCCUCGAUAAGUUAGGUUUCUACGGUCUUGAUGAGUCUGACUUGGACAGGAGCUUUCAACUGCCCCCCACCACCUUCAUCGGAGGAGGAGACACCACUCUUCCUCUUAGAGAAAUCAUACGCAGACUAGAGACAUCCUACUGCAGUCACAUAGGGGUUGAAUUUAUGUUCAUUAACAAUGUGGACCAGUGUCAGUGGAUUCGUCAGAAAAUUGAGACUCCAGGGAUCAUGCAGUUCACUAAUGCUGAGAAGAGAACUUUGUUAGCCCGCCUGAUCAGAUCCACACGGUUUGAGGACUUCCUGGCCAGAAAGUGGUCAUCAGAGAAACGUUUUGGUCUGGAAGGCUGUGAAGUGCUCAUCCCUGCCCUUAAAACCAUCAUCGACAAGUCGAGCGCUGCAGGCAUCGACAGUGUGAUCAUGGGGAUGCCCCAUCGGGGUCGACUGAAUGUCUUGGCCAAUGUCAUCCGUAAGGACUUGGAUCAGAUCUUCUGUCAGUUUGACCCCAAGUUAGAGGCUGCUGAUGAGGGUUCGGGUGAUGUCAAAUACCACCUUGGGAUGUACCAUGAGAGGAUUAACCGUGAAACAGACAAGAACAUCACACUGUCACUCAUGGCAAACCCGUCCCACCUGGAGGCAGUGGAUCCAGUGGUUCAGGGCAAGGCCAAAGCUGAGCAGUUCUACAGAGGAGACACUCAGGGAAAGAAGGUGAUGUCCAUCUUGAUGCAUGGUGACGCUGCAUUUGCUGGACAAGGUGUUGUGUAUGAGACUUUCCACCUAAGUGAGCUGCCCUCCUACACCACACAUGGGACAAUCCAUGUGGUGGUCAACAACCAGAUUGGCUUCACUACGGACCCUCGAGUGGCCCGCUCCUCCCCCUACCCCACUGAUGUGGCUCGGGUUGUCAAUGCACCCAUCUUCCAUGUGAAUGCCGAUGACCCUGAGGCUGUCAUGUAUGUGUGCCGGGUGGCUGCAGAAUGGAGGACCACCUUCAAUAAAGAUGUCGUCAUUGACCUGGUUAGUUACAGACGGUUUGGCCACAAUGAGAUGGACGAGCCCAUGUUCACCCAGCCGCUGAUGUACAAACAGAUCCGUCGGCAGGAGCAUGUGCUGAAAAAGUACUCUGACAAGCUCAUUGCUGAGGGUGUGGUGACACUGCAGGAAUUUGAGGAAGAAGUUGCCAAAUAUGACAAGAUAUGUGAGGAGGCAUACACCAGCUCCAAGGAUGAAAAGAUUUUACAUAUUCAACACUGGCUCGACUCCCCCUGGCCAGAUUUCUUCACAGCGGAGGGAGAACCCAGGAGCAUGAGCUGUGUCCCCACAGGACUGGAUGAGGAGGUUCUGCAGCACAUUGGCCAGACAGCCAGCUCAGUGCCUCUGGAAGAUUUUAAGAUCCACCCUGGUGUGUCUCGUAUCCUUCGUGGUCGAGCUGAGCUGGUGAAGAAUCGGCAAAUGGACUGGGCUCUAGGAGAGUACAUGGCUUUUGGUUCCCUACUCAAAGACGGCAUCCAUGUGCGACUCAGUGGGCAGGAUGUAGAGCGGGGCACCUUUAGUCACCGUCAUCAUGUUCUACACGACCAAGAGGUGGACAAACGUAUCUGUGUUCCCAUGAAUCACCUGUGGGCCAACCAGGCUCCUUAUACUGUCUGCAACAGCUCCUUAUCAGAGUUUGGAGUGCUAGGUUUUGAGCUUGGCUUCGCCAUGGCAAGUCCAAAUGCACUGAUCCUCUGGGAGGCCCAGUUUGGUGACUUUCACAACACAGCCCAGUGUAUCAUUGACCAGUUUAUCAGCUCGGGCCAGGCCAAGUGGGUCCGCAACAAUGGUAUUGUGCUGCUGCUGCCACAUGGGAUGGAGGGAAUGGGCCCAGAACAUUCAUCAGCUCGACCCGAACGCUUCCUGCAAAUGAGUAAAGAUGAUCCUGAUCACUUCCCUGAGUUCAGUGGAGAUUUUGAGGUCCAGCAGCUGAAUGAUUGUAACUGGAUUGUGGUCAACUGCUCCACACCUGCUAACUACUGUCAUGUGAUCAGACGGCAGAUUCUGCUGCCAUUCAGAAAACCGCUGAUCAUUUUCACUCCUAAGUCUCUGCUGAGGCUCCCGGAUGCAAGGUCCAGUUUUGAUGAUCUAUCCCAAGGCACUAAGUUCAAGAGGUUGAUUCCAGACGAGGGCCCUGUGAAUCAAAACCCAGCCCAGGUGAAGAGAGUAAUCUUCUGCACUGGCAAAGUCUAUUAUGAACUGGCUAAAGAGAGGAAACAGCAAAAAAUGGAGAAAGACAUCGCCAUCAUCAGACUUGAACAGAUCUCUCCGUUCCCAUUUGACCUUGUCAGAGCAGAGGCAGACAAAUACGUCAACGCUGAGCUGGUCUGGUGUCAGGAAGAGCACAAGAACAUGGGCUACUACGAUUAUGUCCGGCCACGUUUCCUUACAGUGGUGGCCAACAUGAAACCCGUUUGGUAUGUGGGACGGGACCCGGCAGCUGCUCCCGCGACAGGAAACAAGUCCACUCACCUCAAUGAGCUGAAGAGGUUCAUGGACACAGCUUUUAACCUGAGCGCCUUUGAGGGGAAGGACUUGUAACGGAGAACUGGAACAAGAACCAGGCUGGAGGUGCAGUUUCAUCUCCAACCACCAUGGUCUAUUUAUUAAGUCUUCAGGUGGCAACUCUUUUAGCUUUGUAAUAAUCACUCGGUAAUCAUGUGUAAAAGAUAAGUCGGCAACACUAACUGACUUAUGCCUGGAUCACACUACAUUGUUCCCUGGCUCGAUGUCAAGUAAAAUCAAGUCAUGUUUAUUUAUAUAACACCCUCAAUCAUUAUAGCCUCUUUUGAAUGAGGAAACCUCUUCAAAAACACCUCUGUGGGAUUGGGUGGGAAUAUCAUAUCGUGUAGUCUGAUCCCGGCUUUACUGGAAGAAUCUGCACUUAAUUCAAUCAACACUAUUCUGCACCUUUAUAUACUUUUACAGAAUAAGUGCAGUGUGUGUAUACACCUCAAAGUCUGUCUAAAGAGAGCUAGACACUAAGACUUUACAAUAAGGGACACAAAAUUUGGAGCAGUUACCAGGGAACCAAUGAGAAACGAUUGAGGAACUUACUGCUAGGGAACCAUUACUUAAUAUGUAACAUGAAUGUUUUGUUUGUUGAUGUUUGAAAGGCGUGACUCCUCGUUCGGCAUGCAGAUGUUAGACUUGACAGAUUAUCAUAUACUGUAUCACGCAUAUUACCCAGCAAGCAUCACUGUAUAUCUGUAUAUGACAAAGAUACCAGAGAAAAUAAUUAUUAUUCAUUUAAUUGAACAGUUUUUCAUAGUUUUUCUAGUAGUAUAAGCAUAUCGUUUUGUUAAUGGUUGCUGCUGACUAUUUAAAAAAAAAAUGGAUGGGUUUGUCUUUUCAAGGGCAUUUUUUGCACUAUUUCUGAGGGGACAACUUGUAGUUAUCAUUAAAUGACAAAGUAAAGAUUCAGUACUCAGUAACCACUCAGUAUUACGCACCACUUUACUUUAGGGGCCACCAAAACAGUCACUAAUGUUUUAAGUAUUUAUUAAUGAAUGAAUUGUUACGAAUAUUCUGCCGUAAACAGAGGUUCAUAUGAAGAAAGUGGUCAGUAUGGUCGUUUCACAGAUAUUCACAAACUAAUCAUUCCCUAAUAAAAUAAAAAUAAUUCAUAAAUAAAGGAUCUGUUCUGUAGUAACUCAUCAUUAUCUACUAUAUAGUCCUCCAUUGGGAAUUAUUAGCGAACUACUUAUUAACAAUUCAUCAAUUAUGAAGUUAUCGCUGAUUUGUUCCUCACUUGUUUCUUAAUUAACUAAUCAUUAGCUACUUAUUACUACUAUAAAAUUUGAUUAGGAGUCACUCAAUAACUAAUGGUUCACUAGCAGUUAGUUUCUCAUUUAUUCCCUGAGAACUACUCCAAAUUUUCCAGUGUCCUUUAUUCUAAAGUGUUACCAACUUAGAAGGAUAGAUUUUCAGCCUGUCAACGGUGCUACACCUCCAUCCUACACUCCAUCAUCUUCAUUUCAAAAUAAGAGAUUAUACAAACAUUGAAUAUAAUGUAAUAAAACAUAGUUAUCUAGUAUAGUGCUGGAAUAGCAAUAGUAUACUCUUUGUACCUUUAAUAACAUUCACACACCAAAAUCCAGAUUUGUGACAAUCACUUGUUAUUGGAGUAGCUUUAGUACUAUAGAUACCUCCAUUGCUGCCACUCUGAAUAUUAGUAUAUUUUAGUAGUAUUGAUUUGUAUUUGUUGUGUUUUUAUAGAUGUAUAGCAGGAGCUAAGAGACGCACACAAAACAUCAACUUAUACAAUGAAUGUGACUCACAUAUCACAGGUAUGAAGACUAUUCUGAAAUUUAACACAUGAGUAGGUUUAGUGCCUGUGUUUGCUUUGGCUACCUUAGCUGCUAGCGGAGGAGUCUGUAUUUAUUGUCACACCUCACUUCACCAGGAGACAUGAGCCAGCUGGCACAGAGACUUGCAGCCAUGUUUUCUACUUAGGACAUAAGGCUCGGCUUCCUCUUCGGAGGCUUGAGGGAUGCGCACACGCAAUAAACACCACACAUAAACACAGCAAAAGCCUUAGAAGCUUAGAGAGCAAUAUUGAUGCCUGGCUGUCACAUUAAAAUCCCCAGGUAUUUAACAGAAUUGAUAUUGGUUACCACUGUGCUUAGAAAUGCUCCAUAAAACUAGACCUACUGUUUAGCUAUAUUGUAUCUUACCCUUUUCCACUUCCAGCUGGGAGAUUUAACCAUAAGCCAUACACAAAUGUAAUUUACAUAAAAAAAAAAAAAAAAAAAGGUGUUAGUUUUGUAUUGAAAAAUCCAUUUUAAUGUGGGCAUUGAAACAUAUGCACAACUUGAUGAGCUGCACUUCCUCUGGGAAUAAUAAAAUAUGCAAUAAAAUGUAUUGAAGUUGAAUAA